AUGGCAGAAUUAUCUGAUUUGUCACAAAUAAAACUUUCAUUAGGUAAAAACUCUAGCGAUACAAAUGAUGGUGAUGAUCGAAUAAAGUCUAUCACAGAUGAAAUUAUAUAUGUUUUACAACUAAAAGAUAAUGAAAAUAAAGAUCAAAUUGUUAACGAUUUAUUGGAAAGCGGUCGACAGUCAUUAGUGAAAUAUGAAAACGAUAUCAUAUUCGAAAUAUAUACAGCAGAAAUGAAUGGUCAUGAAGGGAAAUUAAUAAACUUAUUGAAACACUAUUUUCAACAACAAUGGGAAACACAAUAUGGCACUUCUAAUGAAUGGUUUAUUGUAUUUCUUAAACAAUAUCAAAAUGGAGAAAAACAUGAUUUAUAUGAACAUGUUCUAACUCGUACAGCAGAAUAUGGAAAUAAAUAUAUGAAAAAUUUUCCAAUCUUAUCAAUCAUUCUACAACUUCUAUUUGAAGGAAUUGAUGAUCAAUGUUUACGAGAGAUGCCUAUAUUUCACGAUCUGUGGUUUACAAUAAUAACGGAGGGCAUAGAAUCAAUAACCAAUGAUGAUAAAAAAUCAAUAACAAGUAAUGUUGACAAACCAACAACGAACUUUUUGGAUUAUAUCGUGGAAGAUGUAGUGAAUGAACAAAAAAAUAACAAAGAGUCAAUUUUAUUCCAAGCAUUACGUCUAUAUUAUGAUCGACCGUUAUCGUCAUUAUUAGAACAGAGUAACGUUAAAGUCAAUAAUGAUGUGAAGAAUAAGGCAUUAAAUGAAAUUGCAAAUCAUGGUUUGUUGAAAGGAGUUGAAGUAAUUAAACCUAAAACAACAGUGAAUUUAUAUAAAAGAUUAUUGGAAAAUGUAACACUUUACUUGAAAGUACAACAAGAACAAUAUCUCAGCGAGCGACAUAAGACUACCGAUAUUUCAUCAUCAGCUGAUACGAAGUCAAAAACAGCAUUAAAUAGCCCAGAUACAACAUCAAAAGAAGACAAAGGUAAUCAGUCUAAAUAG